UCCAUUUUUGAAUUUCUCCACCCUGGCCGGCUAUAUAAGUUGUCGACUAGUCGCACACUGAUUACAUCCAUCCACAAAACAAAAAAAGCAAAAGAGGUGCUCAUCAUGAACUUCUCUUUUGCAUUCACCCUUUUUGUAGCUUUCUUUCUGCUCUUUCAAUCUCACCAAUUUCCUACAGCUGAGGCUGUGAGACAUGGUUUUAAAGCUGUACCGGUAUACGUGUUCGGCGAUUCUUUGGUCGACAGUGGUAACAACAAUUAUCUCCAGACGCUUAACAAAGUCAAUUUCACACCAUAUGGAAUUGAUUUUCCAUAUGGAGCUACUGGCAGAUUCACUAAUGGCAAAACUGUUGUAGACUUUUUCGCUAAAUGGCUUGGAUUGCCGUUGGUACCACCAUAUUUAGGCUUAUCAGAAGAGGAGAAGCUUAAGACAACUACAGGCAUAAAUUAUGCCUCUGGAGCUGCCGGCAUUCUUCCGGAGUCGGGAACUGACGCCGGAGACAACUUAAACUUGGCAGAACAAGUCGAUUACUUUGAGAAAACAGUGAAGACUGACUUGCCCAAAUCAUUCAAAACCCCAAAAAAGAUUUCCAAACACUUGUCCAAGUCCAUAUUUGUGGUCAAUAUCGGUAGCAAUGACUACAUUAACAAUUAUCUUCAACCAGCAAAAUUCAAUGGCAGCAAAACACACACUCCAUUACAGUUUGGUGCCCUUUUGAUAUCAAAUUACAAGGCACACCUAGUGAGAUUAUACAAUUUAGGAGCAAGGAAAUUCGUAGUAUUUAACUUGGGUCCUAUUGGGUGUAUACCCGGAAUAGUAAGCAGCGUCACUCCGAAACCGGUUACCCCAUGCAUAGAAAGUGUUAAUAAUCUGAUUAACAUUUUCAAUUCUGGAAUCCCAAAUAUGAUUCAAGAACUUACAACCACUUUGGAGGGUUCCAACUUUGUAUUGGCAGACAUCUUCCAGAAGAGCUAUGAACAAAACCAAUCUCCACUUAAAUACGGCUUUUCUGAAGGGAAUUCACCGUGUUGCCCGGCUGGAUCAAAUGGAACUCUGCGUUGUCUUCCGAAUGAUACAACAUGCAAGAAUAGGAAUACUCAUUUGUACUGGGACAGAGCUCAUCCAGUCGAGAGAGUUAACUAUGAAAUUGCUAAUGGAUGUUUUAGAGGCUCAUCAACUUGUUUUCCCAUUAAUCUUCGCCAAUUAACUCGUCUGUAAUAAUUUAUAUUGAGUUGGUAAAAUACCGUUUAACAGAUAAAUUUCAUUCCAGUUUGUCAUUGUCAUUGCAUGCAACAAAUUUUACGUAAAGGCGAGUUUGCAAAUUAUGCUGUAAUAUUGGAAAACUGUUGUUUUCCUAUUUGUAUCGUGUUGCGAAAAUAAAACAGUUAGACGUUUCGUAAUUA